AUGACGACCGCACCGUCGAAGCUAUCCGUGUUUCCCGAUCCUGCAAUGGCAUUGUCCAAGAUCCCGAUCCCCAGCCAGAGCAUAGGAGGACCACCGGUAACCGAUGGGCAGUCAGGGAAUGCAGCAAUGAGCAAAGGGGGGUUUGUGUCGAUGGUGCAACAACCCACCGGCCCUUCAACGGGUCACCCGAUCGCCCCCCAGAGUACAAUGAGAGGGAAUAUCCAGGACAACGCAUCGUCAACGCCUACGCCGCCGCCAAGGCCAAUGGGGGAAACCGUCCUCGGUGGACCCGGGGCUUCUAAUUACGAUCCCAACCUUGCUGGGGGUGCCACCGUUCAUCCAGGUGUCCCUGUUGCUGGAAAUCACUAUCCCACUUCUGUUCUAAAUCCCACUCCUGGUGGAGGUGCCGCCCCUGGUGGAAGUGCUGGUCCUCCUGGCAGUGCUGGUCCUCCUGGCAGUGCUGGUCCUCCUGGCAGUGCUGGUCCUCCUGGCAGUGCUGGUCCUCCUGGCAGUGCUGGUCCUCCUGGCAGUGCUGGUCCUCCUGGCAGUGCUGGCCCUCAUGGAAAUACUCCUCGUUAUGGAAGCGCAGCGCCUGAUGGAACUGGCCCCCUUCUAGAUCCCGCCAUUGGUGGAACUGCCGCCCUUGGUGGAAAUACUCCUCCUUAUGGAAGCGCACCCCCUAGCGGAAGUGCUGGCGCUGCUGGCAGUGCUGGCCCUGAUGGAACUACUCCUCCUUAUGGAAGCGCACCCCCUGAUGGAACUGACGGCCUUGGUGCAGAUCCCGCCAUUGGUGGAACUGGCGCUAUUGGUGGAACUACUCCUCCCGAUGGCAAUGCACCCCCCGAUGGAUAUGUUACUCUACCUGACGGAACUACAGCACCUGGUGACGCUCCCGCACCUGUGGGAACUAUCGCACCUGAUACGUAUACGCAGGGACCGCAGCUUGGAACUCUUUCCUAG